AUGGUUGAUAUCACAAAUGAAGAUGUCAUUGUACUUGAUUCGCAUCAUCCUCGGCCUUGGUUAAGUGAUGAACAGAGGCAACAAAUGGCUGAGCUUUUAUUAGCACAAGCCAACGGGACUGAGCUACCAUAUGGUGCAAUCUCGAAAGCUGCUGAGAAAUUCAACGUGUCCCGCAAAACUGCAAGUUCAAUCUGGAACACAAUGAAGAACCAAAUUGGUGAAGAACAACAAAUCAAUGUUAAGAAGAAGAUGGCAGGCAUAGUGGGCAGGAAACGGUUUUCACUGACAGAAGAAAUGUUAACUUCAAUUCCACUUAGGGACAGAACCAAUUUAAGGGAUCUUGCAAACAAACUUGGUGUCUGUGCAAGCACUGUGUGCAGACUAGUUAAAAAAGGCAGCAUACGAGCACAUAGUAAUCCAAUGCGUCCAAAAUUAUCACCAGAAAAUCAGAUUUCAAGGGUCAUUUGGAUUCUAUGUAUGGUACAACAACCACAAGUAGAAAGAGGGCAGCCAAUGUUCAAUGAUUUCUUCAACUUCAUCCACAUCGAUGAGAAGUGGUUUUACAUGCAUCAAAAAACACAAAGGCUAUAUUUGCAUCCAAAUGAAGCUAAUCCACACAGAACAUACCAAUCAAAAAGGCAUAUAAUUAAGGUGAUGUUUGAAACUGCAGUGGCUAGACCAUCAUACAACAUGUUGGGGCAAUGCACUUUUGAUGGGAAAAUUGGUAUUUUCCCAUUUGUGGAGGAAGUGGCAGCACAAAGGUCUUCUAAUAAUAGGUCAGCCGGCACAUUAGAGACAAAAGCAAUCACCAAUGUCACCAAGGAGAGAAUGAGAGAUGUGUUAAUUAAUCACAUCUUACCAGCAAUAAUGUCUAAGUGGCCACCACACAGGAGCAAGGUGAUAUACAUACAACAAGACAACGCAAAGCCACAUGUAACUGCAUCAGACCCAUUAUGGAUACUAGCUAGUAGACAAAACGGGUUUGUUUUUCAUUUGGUGCAGCAGCCACCAAAUAGUCCUGAGCUAAACAUGUUGGAUCUUGGUUUCUUUAGAGCAUUACAAACACUCCAACAUAAGGAAAGGCCAAACACAAUACUUAAGCUAUUGCAAGCAGUUAACAAGUCAUUUGAAGAAAUGCAACCAAAGACUUUAGCUAAUGUGUGGCAUUCAUUUCAGUAUCAUAUGAUUGAAAUUUUGAAAGUAAGGGGGAAUAACAACUACACAUAUCCACAUGUCAACAAGCAAAUGUUGGAAAGUCUUGGCCAACUUCCCUUACAAGUUGAAGUAACCCAAACACUUUUGGAUCAAGCAAGAACUUGGUUACAUGAGCAGGCAAUGCCACAAGUACAGGCAGCAACAGAAGUACAUGCAACAGAAGUAGAGGCAAUAGAACAAGUAGAGGCAGCAACAGAACAGGAGUAUUAG